GUCGGACGGGACCUCCAUCGCAGACGGGAAAAAGUUCAACCGAGCUCGCUUUUCGGUCGUGGAGGCAGAGGCAGAGGCAGAGGUGGAGGCGGGGCCAGGGCCGCCAGCUCAGUGACCAGUCCAGUCGAGCGGUCGGAGCAGCUGGGCACAGAAUUGGAAGCCCCGGCCCUGGCACCGCCCUUAGAUUGCACAUGGCCGUAUUAAAUUGCACACGGCGAGCGAAGCCUUUCAAACAGUUCUGCAGGACUCGCAGAGUACACCUCAUACACGCCUCAUCUUUCCCUCGUUCUCUUGGGAGGUUUUGAACAUUGUGAUCGGUGUCUCGGAGGGCAAGCGUGUAGUUUGGGCGACGGGGAGCUCCUCAGGGUGUUGAAUAAUUUGUAGCUCGACAUAGCUCGUGGUCUGUUCUUGUCCGUCCGAGAGGAAUUGUGAGCUCCGCCUGUGUGAGCUUCGUGCAGGCAAAAUGCCGCAUGAUACAGCCGCUCCCGACCUCGAGAAUUACUCGAAUGGAGAUUACCAGAAGCUGGAAGAGAAGGAGGGCGACAGGUUUCAGAGUAGUGCGAAGCCUGCUGCUUCCGGAACGCCAUGCUAUGUCAUGCCCGUUCUGGCUCUCUCGAUCAUUCUCGGUGCAGUUGCUGGCCCGAUUAUGAAGAGCAUGGAACAAAUUGGAGCUGGACCCAUCGCUGUGGCAUCGUGGCGACAUCAAGUAUCGUCGACGAUGAUGCUCCCUUUCGCUGUCUUUCAGUGGUUUUCGAUGCACCCGCAAGACCGCAGCUCAGCUCCGAGUUGGAGCAAUUUCGGAACCAUUUGUCUCUGUGCCUUGGGACUCGCUGGUCACUUCGGCCUUUGGAUUUGGUCGCUGGACAACACGUCGCUGACGCACAGCCUGUUCCUGUGCAUCAUGUCUCCCAUGUUCGUCACCUUGUUCACCUUCCUGCGCGACGGCACGGUGCUGUGCGCAGAGCUCGUGGGCGUGGCUCUGGGCAUCGUCGGCUCCACCAUCCUCGCGGCCGGAGCCAAAGUCGAGAGGGACAUCGAAUUCUCCAUCUUGGGAGACCUGGCCGCCCUCGGCAGCGGUUGCUGCUUCGCCGUGUACCUGAUGUGCGGCAAGAACCUGCGAGGAAAAUUGCCUCUGUUCGUUUAUCUAUGGCCAGUGAACGUGAUCUCGAUGGUGUACCUAUCUAUAGCACUACUGCUCUUCACUGAGGUGAAAUUGCUGACAGCUUAUGAGGAUAUCGGAAUCUUUUCAUGGAUGACAGAAGGUUACGUGAUCAAGACGUUGAUUCUGGGACUGGGUCCUGGUUUCUUCAGUCACGUUGGUUACAACACAACGCUGGGAUAUGUCAAGCCGCUCAUUGUGUCCGUGGGGUUCUCGGUGUCUCCUGUCGUGGGCUCAUUCAUAGGCUGGGCUAUGCAUGAAACUGGCGUCCCCGGGCUACUGACUUGCUUUGGGGGGAUCGUGACCAUGGCAGCAACCGUAUGGGUGAGCCAUGCCAGUAGUCAAGAGGUGAAGAAACCCGAAGAGACGAGCCAAAGCUUACCAGAUGAAAAGCGUCCUCUUACACAAGAGGAUGAGCCAUAAAUAAGAACCGCAGCGAACUAGACUGUAUCGACUCUCCCGAUAGAGAGCUUGUUUCAUAAGCUCGAAUUGCAGCGAAAUCGAUGGCAACGUGGAAAAAUACGUCACAUGGCUUCAGGAAUUCGGAUGUCACCUUUUCUCGAGACUCUGCAAGCAGCUUGCCUCGUGCCUCGGCCACCUAUUCGCCAUGCCAUCGUCACGAUUUCAGACUAUAGCCAGAGACGCCGAUGGAAUCCAUUAUUCAAUCUGUACAUUAGAUUAAUCUUUACUCAUCUGUAAUUAAUUUUGAUAAUAUAUCAAAAUUGUAGAUUUUCUAUUUUUGGAAACGAAAU